UACAAGUCAAAAUGAUAACUCUAUUGAGAAACGGAGAAAGUAGUACUUAAAUUGAACUCAUUCUCAAUGUAUCCCAUGAUCAAUCACAAAACUUGUAUUUUUCAUAAAAAUCUGUAGGAUCUGAGUUCAAUUCAAAAUUCAAAUGUAUAUGACAAGGCCUCUGUCCCUCUUUAAGAGUCGUUCGAGGUUGCUUUCUACACCAGUUGAAGGACCAGGUUCUGGCUAUCUAGUACUUGAGGGGGAAGAAGAUAUUCAGUAUGUCCGCUCGAGUUCCGGUCAGGAGAUGAUAGAUGAGGCCCUUAUGGAUUUACCUUUUCCACAAAAUAGGAUCCUCACAGUAAAUUUUACAUACGGUUCUGGACCGUAUGGUAAAUAUACUGAGAAGCAUAAUGUCUUGUUCAUACCUGUCAUCAACAAGCCCUUGUCCUCCCACUGCUUCUAUUUGAUGGUGGAUGAUAACAACGACCACAAAGGAUUAGCUCACACAAGUUCAACAGAGGAAGAUACAGAACCAAGUUGUUUGUUCCGGACCUGCACUCGAGAUAGGAAUCCAGAAAAACUCAACCCCCAUAACAAUUGUCAGCAGUUUCAGAUCUUGAGAAAGAAGGCUGGCCGUUUUUCAGCCAAGUGUGUUGAUCCUGAAGGUCGUCCUCCCAUGUUCUUGAGGAGACUAGGAUGGAACAUCCAUGCCUCAAAGCCUAAGAUCACGUUAGGUGAGGCGGAUGGCCUCAACCCCAUACUCAGGUCACAACAUCCAGAUUUUGAUUUCCCAUUAUCAACCGAGUAUUCACAGUCGAUGACUGUUGGGAAAUGGUAUUGUCCUUACAUGUUUAUUGAGGAGGGGACCGUGAAAGGACAAAUGGAAAGGUCUCCGUUCUAUGAAAUGACAUUAGAACAACAAUGGGAGAGGAUAUUUUCAUGUGAAAGAGAAAGAGAAAGAGAAAGAGAAAGCGAUGAUAAUUCAGUGUGUGUACGUGUUGUGCUUCCUACUGAACUUGUCAAGAUAUCUUGGAUAGAUGUUGUUUCUCAAAGAGACGAGACUAACAACCGGAUGUGGUUUUGGGGUAUGAACAAGAUAGGAUCACAAACGCGGAUAGGGUUGAGUUUGGUGAUCAUAGAAAGAAUCAUGUGGGAGCAAGAAAGAGUAGGGUGGGUUGCAGGGAACGAUAAGCAAGUGAUGGUUGCUAGAACGGAGACAUAUACCGGAGGAGAUUUGUGGCAAAAGUUCAGUUGUUAUGUGCUUGUGGAACGCUUUGUGCUGAAAAGGUUAGAUGGAAGCUUAGUGUUAACCUACGAGUUCAAACAUACUCAUCGAAUCAAAUGCAAAUGGGAAUGAAUCUCCUUCACUAAACUUGCUCUUCCUUAAUUUUUUUUUUCAAGUACAGGAGUGUGUAUUCUAUAUAAUAUUACGUGUUUGGCGAUUGUAAAUAGAUGUGGUAUACUGGUAUGUUUUUUUUUUUUUUUUUUUUUUUUUUUUUUUUACGGGGAAUGAAGAACAAUUUCAUUUAUAAUCAGCCAUACGGCAUCUACAAUGAUAAAGUAGAUCUGCAUACCACAUAUUCAAAGAAAAUACGUAACUAUUACAAUCAAAACAAUUACUAUUCUACAUCAUAAAGCACAUCUCGUACUCCACCGCU